CGAUGAUGAUCCAAGAUGGAGUGCCGCCGACCUGUUGAAAAUCUCGCGAGACUCCGGAUGCGGAAGUCUCGUAAUCCCAGUGGAGUCGGAGCAACUGCAGAUGUUCAGAUGAUGCUGUCCAUCCUUCUACUUGUCCUUCUGUCCUCCAUCUCCACAGUUUCUCCUCUGGUCCAGAACAAACCAAACUUUGUCCUGAUGAUGGUGGACGACCUGGGCAUUGGAGACCUGGGCUGUUAUGGAAACUCCACCCUCAGAACCCCCCACAUAGACCGUCUGUCCCAGGAGGGGGUGAAGUUGACCCACCAUGUGGCAGCGUCCCCCCUCUGCUCCCCCAGCCGAGCAGCGUUUCUGACAGGACGAUACCCCAUACGAUCAGGUGUUUCUGGGACUCUGAGACCUGGUGUGUUCAUCUUCACUGGUUCCUCUGGUGGUCUGCCCCAAACUGAACUGACCUUCGCCACCAUCGCACAACAACAAGGAUAUGACACCGCUCUGAUAGGGAAAUGGCACCUGGGCCUGAACUGUGAUCGCCAUGACGACCACUGUCACCACCCCCACUCCCACGGUUUCAGGUACUUCUUUGGCGUCCCGUUGACCAACCUGAGGGACUGUGGGCCUGGACAUGGUACCGUCUUCAUGGUCCACAGGUACCUACCCUAUGCCUCCAUGAGCGCCGCCGCCACCACUGUGGUUGCUCUGCACUACGGCGGCGCCGUCAGAGUGGGCCGGCGGACGGUCCUGGUCCUGCUGGGCCUGGUGGGCAUGGCCGUGGCGCUGAUGUGGGCGGUCGUCACGGUGAUGCCCUACAUGAACUGUGUGUUAAUGAGGAACGAGCGGAUCGUAGAACAACCGUUUACAGCUGAGAACCUGACGCAGAUGAUGACCAGGGAGGCAAUCGAGUUUAUAUACAGGUCUUCUUCCAGGCCCUUCCUCCUCUUCCUCUCCUUCCUUCAGGUCCACACUGCCAUGUUUGCGUCACCUCCAUUCAGAGGAUCCAGUCCACAUGGAGUCUACGGGGACGCCGUCCACGAGGUGGACUGGAGCGUCGGUCAGAUCCUCCAGACCCUGGACCACCUGGGUCUGUCUGAGAACACCCUGGUCUACCUGACCUCAGACCAGGGUCCACACCUGGAGGAGAUCUCAGCCUCAGGGGAGGUCCACGGGGGGUCCAACGGGGGCUUCAAAGCAGGGAAGUCCACUAACUGGGAAGGUGGGAUCCGGGUCCCAGGUCUGGUCCGGUGGACUGGACGGAUUCCCCCUGGGGUGGAGGUGGACCAGCCCACCAGUAACAUGGACCUGUUCCCCACCCUGGUCCGGCUCAGCGGGGCCACAGUACCACAGGACCGUCCCAUAGACGGUCUGGACCUCAUGUCCCUGUUGGAGGGGACAGUCCAGCGCUCUGGACAUGACUUCCUGUUCCACUACUGUAACUCCUACCUGAACGCCGUCCGAUGGAACCCCCCCAACGGGUCCUCGGUGUAUAAGGCCUUCUUCUUCACUCCAGACUUCUACCCAGACUCUCAGACCGGAUGCUUCCACACCCACGUCUGCUUCUGUACACCUGGUCAUGUGACCUACCACGACCCGCCUCUGCUGUUCGACCUAUCCAAGGACCCGUCGGAGACCACACCCCUAACCCCGGACACCGACCCCGCCUACGGCGCCAUCCUGGAGGCCAUGAAGGAGGCGGAGCUAAGGCACCGACGCUCAGUGACGCCGGUGGAGAGUCAGAUGAGUUUAGGACACCUGAUGUGGAAACCAUGGCUUCAGCCCUGCUGCUCCAGCUUCAGCCGCCUCUGCAGGUGUGACCAGGACCAGUAGGACCAGGCCCAUCUGAGGUGCCCUGCUCAGACCCGGUCCAGACCUGCUCAGACCUGGUCCAGUCCUGGUCCAGACCUGAAUCCUUCCUCAUUCUCUGGACUCUUUUUUUUCCACACUGUAAAAAAUAGACCCUGACUGUAGGCUUGGACUUAUCAUUUACUUUUUUUGACAGAUGUAACUUUUCAUGUUCCCAUAACAGCUGUUUUUUUCUAAAAGCACAUAGCAACAAAUUUAGCAACUUAAAAACAAAUCAAAAACUAAAAUUAUGAGUUUGCAAAAAAUGUUGUGAACUUAAUGAAAUAAACUAAAACUUAUUUUAUUUUUGAACAUAAAUAAAACUUUAAAACUAGAAAAAAAACAAUGAAAUGAAUGUUUGUUCUAGUCAGGGUUGGAUUCAGGUUCUAGAACCACAGUUAAAGGAAACAGAUGUUAAGAUAAUACAGUGGGUUAGCCUUAGCAUGCUAAUGCUAAGGCUAGGUGUAUUAGGAUGGGUGCCAUACAGAAACUGAAGUUACCUUCUGGGAUCAUACUGUGAUUUAACCCUUUCCUUAUCCUUAAUGUGCUAAUGCUAAUAUGCUAAUGCUAGUACUAGGUACUGUUUCAGAUGGGUGAACUCCAUAGACCAAAUUUCCCUCUAAAGGUAAUAAAGUUAACGUGUUUUUUGUUUGUUUUUAACAUUUGAAUUGACUGUUUAUUGAACUGGUUCCAUUUUUUUCAGGUUUUAAACAGAAUCGUCUGAAUGUUGGAAAUCAGAUUAAUUUGACUUACUUACUAAUGAACAGUUUAAUUAAAUGUAUCAACAUAGUUUCUUAACUGUUGUGAAUGAACCCAGAUGUCGUUAGUCAUUAGUGUCAUUUAACGGUUAAAUGUGUGAUAAUGGACUGAACUUCAGAUAAUUAGUGGAUUUAAUAGUUUAAACCCGGUUUUAAAUGUGGUUUAACGUCAGCAUUUGUGUUGAACUCAGUCCAGUUUCAGAUUCUGUUUGAUUUGUCACUUUAUUAUUAUUAUUAUUACUAGUAGUAGUAUUAUUAGUAUUAGUAGUAUUAUUCUAUGUGGGUUAAAUGUGCAGAAUCUGUUGGACUGUGGGUUCUAGAAUCAUCAGAACCAACAUGAACAUGAGAUGAAACCACAGAACGACUUCUAUGAAGAAUUAUAUGUAAAAAAACAAAAAUAAUCAGAGAAACAAAGAAAGGAUGAAAGAAGUGACAGGUGGAGGAAUGACAUCAGUCAAAGGUCGUGUGUGUGGGUCACAUGGUUUAAACUGUUCUUCUGUGGUUCCAACACCCAGUAACAGCGCAGGGUUUGGGUCAUGUGACUGCAGGGCUUUUACCCGUUUUAUCUUUUUAUCUGUUUUCCACUUGUUUUUCCUUUUUUCCCACCUGUUCUUUCUUUGUUUUCCCUCUGUUUUUCA